CUGUAUCUGACAUCAGCUUGUUUCACUUGAGCAAUAAAAGAAAAAAAAGAAAAGAAAAAUAUACCUAUCUUAUUUAUUUAAUUUUUUUAAAUUAUAUCACCCUCAUUGUCGAUAUGAGCUGUAAUAAUUAUUGCAAUGUAUAUAAUUAUGAAUAUCAUACGCCUACAGAGUGGCGAUAUAACAGUGAACAAGAAAUCACUGCAGCAGAAGAACAACGAGAACUGGCCCAAAGGUUGACACUUGAGGCCGAUCGGUUAGUUGGUCAAGCUAAGGAUUCUGUGAUGAAAAAUAAAUUGGACAUUGAUUACCAGUCUAAAGUGAAAGUUAAGGACUUAGAAUACAAAUGUAAGGAAAUUGAAAAACAGAAAGUCGAUCUGGAUGAAGAAAUUCGUUUGCUGUUGGGCUAUCAGAUGCGCAUCGAAAAUGCCAACAAAUGGCUUAUCGGUGAUGCUCUGGACGUCAUUGCUGAAUGUCUUAGGUUAAGAAACUGUCGACAAAAUAUAGAUUUGGUGUUUGAUGAUGUUGAGAAAGAACUGUUACGAGAACGUGAACUGAUCUUGGGCAUAAAGGAUCAACUUGAAGAUUUGCAAGACAAGGUUGUGUUACAGAUCAGAAAACUGAGAACAUUCGUUUACAACUUGACUGUGGAUUUACGUUUUAAGGAAAAUGCGUUAAAAAUUGAAAAGCAAAACGAAAAUCUUAACGAAACCACUGUCGAUAAAUCAAUUUUGAACAACAAAAACAUAUUCAAACCUGCUACGAUUUCAACCUCGGAAUGGGAUUGGUUCACAUUAGACAUAAUUUCAGCAGCCAAUAAAAUACUAGUUGACAGUCGACCCAUUCGUGUAUUUUUUGAUAAGUGUCUGGAUAAAAUGCUCGAGGACUUGGUAGGCCAAUCGGCCGCAGUCGACCUGGCAUUUAAAUUGCGAGUGGAAGAAUACGUUGAAGUAAUUGAUAAACUGAACGAACAAAGAAUUGAAACGGUUAAAAAUCUCGAAGAAGUACAAGAAACAAUCGAAAAACUGAAAAAUUCUAUAGACGACAGGGAGACAUACUUAGCGCUAGCCCACGCGCGGCUGUUAAACAGGACGCGAAGGGAGGGCGUCGAACUGUGCCGGGAUGAGUUGGAAUUGAGACUGUACAACGAGGUAGUCCAAUUGGAACAUGACGUGAAAAGUCUGCAAAAUAUGAUGGCUGAAUCUGUGGAAUGCCGUAGACGUCUCAAACAGUCCACUGCCCGUAUCGAUGAGCAGCUGCAAGUCAAACAGAAAUCGUUGCAUAUCGACAACGAGCUGUGCAUCGAGCAACGAAAACGCAUCAACUACCGAGCUUUUUGAAAUACUCGUCGGAUGCGAAUCCAUAGAUUGUUUUUUUUUUUUUUGUGAAAAUGGGAUAAAAUCGUAUGCUUAAUUUUUUCUCCCUAACCCUACCUUUAUUAACAUAUAAUUUAUUUACUAACAUUUUUCUUUAUAUAAAUCAUAUUUAUGAUAGUAUUAGAAUCGUUAUAUACGAUUCAGACAGGCGCGGAUUCUGUAGAGGGUGAGCCGGAUGGUCCCGGGUCCACCCGAAAUAUUUAAAAACAAUAAAUUUAAUUUUGAAUAUUGGCAUUCAAGCUAUUAUUUUAGAAUUUUUAUUAGUAUAUUAACCAAAUAGGUUGGUUUUAUUUUGUUUUUUUAGCUAUUUCUUAAGAUUAAGGCAUACCUAAUUGCAUACCUAUAUUUUAUUUUAAUAGCAGUGAAGAGUUAAUACAAAAUCCAGAUAGACGAAGUUUUAAAUAAAUUUGCCCGUGAUAAGUUAAGAAAAUUACAUUUUCCCGCGA